AUGACAGUGGACAGUCAUGUACAUGCGCUUUCUCAAAGCGCACAAGGCUUCGUGCCCUUGAUUGCAACGAUCGCUGCGCUCUACGUUGGCUGGAGGCUCUGGGCAUUCACAAUCUCGCCAGCAUUGCAUCCAGAUGCUCCGAAGCCUCUGCCGUACAAGUUUCCCUUCUUCGGCCAUGUUGUUGGGAUGUCCAAAUGUGUUGGGGAAGUUCUCACCCGCGGCAGAGAGCACUUCGGGAAUACUCGCGAAAUUUUCGGCUUGACCGUCAUGGGUCAGGAUAUGUACAUCGCGACGUCUCCUAAGGAUGUCCUGUCCAUCUACAAGGAGACCAAGAAAUUGGACAUGAAUCCGGUGAUCGCCAAAAUCAUGCGUGAUUUCGACUGCACCAAGGAAAAUGUGCAAAAGAUGUUUGACACUACCAACAAGCCGAAAAGCUGGAUGGACACCUGCCAUGACGACUUUAAGCUCCAGAUGCACCCCGGAGAGAGAUUGGAAAUCCUCCAAACAACGGUUCUCAACAACAUCGACCGACUUCUUCAAUGGGAUCAGGUCGUCGGUGUGAAAUCUACCAAAGGUCCUGCCAAAAUUGUGUCCGCUUGGGAAUGGUGUAGGCACGCUCUUGUUGACGGCGCUACCCGUGCCUUCUUCGGUGAUGCCAUCUAUCGAGUGGCGCCAGACAUUCUGAGUGUCUUCUACAUCUAUGAUGACGAUGCCUGGAAGCAACACUACAACUACCCCAAAUUUGCCGCUCGGAACAUGUACGAAGCAAAGGAGCAGUGUCUUCAGGCAUGGAUAGCAUAUCUGUCUCUGCCCGUGGAAGAGAGAGAAGAUGCGUCGUGGAUUGUCAAGAAAAUCGAGCAAGGUCUGAAACAGAUGGGCGUCGACGAACCUUCGCAGGCCGCUCCAAACCUUCUGAGUUUGCACAGACUUGUCAACACCAACGCCUACCGUUUGUGCUUCUGGUCUCUUGCCUACAUCCUACACGAUCCUGAGACUAUCAAAAGCAUUAAGACCGAGAUUCAGCCGGCCUUCAAGAAUAAAAUUCUGGACAUGCCGUACCUUCUUGACCAUUGCCCUUCGCUCGCAUCUUUCUAUGAGGAAAUACUGCGUUAUGUCAACGAUCCAGUAGGAAUUCGAGAGGUCACAGAACAAGUAUCCAUUGGUGGCAAGACUCUUCAGCCGGGUCGAACCCUUCUCAUGCCCUACAGACAGCUGCACUUCGAUACGUCUGUAUUCGGGCCGAAUGCAGCGACAUUCGAUCCGCAUCGGUUCCUGGAGAACAAGUCUCUCAUCCGAAGCACCAGCUGGCGACCCUUUGGUGGCGCUGCUACUCAUUGUCCAGGACGAUUUCUGGCCAGGAGGGAGGUGUACAUGUUCGUGGCCACCGUCCUUUUCCGAUACGACAUCAGGCUGGCACCGGGGCUGGAUGGUACAACGCCAAAGUUCCCGAGACUGGAUGAGACAAUUCCGUCAGGAGGCAUACUUAGUCCCGUCGCUGGCGAUGAUUUGCUCGUUCAGAUACAGCGAAUCAACUUGUGA